GGCGGCGGCGCGCUCCCGGCGCGGGGGCGGGGCCGGCGGCGGGGCCCGCGGCCCCCGCCCGUCUCCGGCGCUAGGCCCCGCCCCCCCCGUGCUGUGCUGGCCCCUGCGCCCCGGGGGCGGCCGCAGCUCCGCGCUCCGCACCAGGACCGACUCCGGCCGGUGGUUCAGGCUCCGGCCCCCGGCUCCGGGACCGGGACCGGCCGCAGCGCCGCACGGCAUUCAGCCCCCUCUUCAAGCGCAGGGAGCGGCUGGUGCCUGCCCAGACCCGCGUGGGCAGCCCCUCGGAGGGGUGCAGGUCCCCACCCCGGUGUUUCUGCCACCAGCCUGCAGCCCCCGAUUUCCCGCUGCAGCCUCACGGUGCCCAGGGGCGUCUGGGGGGCACCAGGAAGAAACCGAGGAGUCACCGGACUCGCCGUUAAUUGAAUACACCUGAAAAGUAGCCACAGAAAACGUCACACAGCUGCAGAGACCAACAGCCCGGGUAGCCAAAGGAGAUUCGGGGUGGUGCCCGCACGUGGUUUGCUGCCUGGCCUGAGUCUCCAGUUUGUUUUUACUAAGACUAGUUGCUCCUAACCAGAGGAGUAGUUCCUCUGCUCUAGUCUGCUCUGAUUAGGCCUCAACUGGCGUAUUGUGUCCAGAUCUGGAUGCAACAUUUCAGGAAGGAUGUGGACAAAUUGGAGAGCGAGUCCAGAGAAGAGCAAUAAAAAUGAUAAAAGGUCUAGAAAACAGGACCUUCUGGGGGAAGAUUAAAAAAACUGGGUUUCUUUAGUCUGGAAAAGAGAAGACUGAGAGGGGACAUAACAGUUUUCAAGUAUGUAAAAGGUUGCUACAAGGAGGAGGAAGAAAAAUUGUUUUGCUUAAACUCUGAGGGCAGGACAAGAAGCAACGGUCUAAAACUGCAGCAAGGGAGGUUUAGGUUGGAGAUUAGGAAAAAAUUCCUCACUGUCAGGGUGGUUAAGCACUGGAAUAAAUUGCCUAGGGAGGUUGUGGAAUCUCCAUCCGUGGAGAUGUUUAAGAGCAGGUUGGACAAACACCUGCCAGGGACGGCCUAGAUAAUCAGUCCUGCCAGGAGUGCAGCGGACUGUAAUAGAAGACCUCUUACGGUCCCUUCCAGUCCCUGUGAGUCUAUAUAGGAUGAUCAGCAGGAAGGCGGGGGCUGCUGGACUGGAGAGAGAGAGCAGCCUGAGCCCAUGGGGACUGGGACAGUCCAGGCUUGAGGGCCCUAAGGCCUUCCUGUGCUAGGAUCAGACACUCAGUAAACCCUCCUGUUUGACACUGGCUGAGAGUCAGUGCAGUCCGUAGAGGGGCUUUGCAUUGUUCCCUCUGGUUGUGGUGGUCCCGGGGGGCCAGCGAGCGCGUGGACUCCCUGAGGGGGCCCUCGGUGAAAGGCAGGCAGGCGGAAGGCUCCGAGGUGCAAUCCGAAGAGCUGGGGGGACAAGAGCGCAACCUUCGCGGAAGGCCCUGACGCUCAAGGGGCUUGCUCCCAGGGGCCGUAUGAGAAGGGGAUGCGGAGAAGCAUUCGGCAGCCGGCCACCCACGCCUCACUGGAGGUCAUUGAUCUGACCGGGGAGGACGAGUGUUCAGAAGCAGCAGUGCAGGAUGACUUCGCUGUGAUCGACCUGACCGAAGUGGAGGAGGAGCGUCCGGCCGACUUCCCCCUGGCUGAUGCUGGCACUGCUGCCGGCAUGGCAUGCGCGUCGCCUCCCAGCCUCCCUGCCCUCGUGGACAUAAAGCGUGAAAGGAAAGAGGUGGCAGACCAAGGCCUUGGGGACCCGUGGGACGGAGCUCAGGAAGAGACGAAAGGCACCCACUUGGAAGGCUGCGUCUCCCCCGUCUCCAGCUGCACGCACUCCGUCUGCGGCCCUGAGCUCAGCAGCACCACCAUUAACAGCGACCUGGGCUCCUUGGCCAGCCUCCCGCUGGACUCGGACGUGUUCUCCUUCUCUCCAGCCAGCAGCAGCAGCAGGAGGGCAUCCUGGGACUGCUCCACCGCAGAAUCUCACAGUAGCAGCCAGCAAAAGGAAGACCCAAAACGCCUACCCACCGCCCCUGUUCAGAGACAGUCCCCAGGCCUCUCCAGCUGCCCCCCAGCAAGCACCCCCAGGUCUCCAGAGCAGCCUUUGCUGGAGACAAGUAACCCAAUGCUGACUGCCGUGAAGCAGGAGCCCCCCGAGCCAGCCAAACUGCGGCCUGUCAAUAAGGCUUGGCUUCAUAAGCUGCGGUACUUCAGGAGGACUCCGGUGCAUCACCUCUUCCUCCAGGGCGUGGUGCAGGAUGAGGAAAGCCGCCAGAUCGCACAACGGAAGGCGCAGCCCAUCCCCAGCAGAAAAUUGAGCAUGGUGUCCACCACCAUGGAGGAGAACUUCCCCAAGGGGACCCUGCAGUUCCUAAUGGACUUCGUGUCCUGCCACCAUUACCCUCCAAAGGAGAUUGUGUCCCAUGUGAUCAGGAACAUCCUGCUGAGCUCAGAGGCUGGGGAGAUGCUGAAGGAUGCCUACAUGCUGCUGAUGAAAAUUCAAAUGCUUCAUCCGGCUACCGCCACAAUGGUGGGAUGGGACUGGGAGCUGCUACGGUAUGUCAUGGAAGAACAGGAGGAGACGCUCCCCGGGCGCUUUCUGUUCCUGCAGUAUGUGGUGCAGACCCUGGAGGACGACUUCCAGCUGAACCUGAAGCUGCGCUUCCUGCAAAAAUCCAUUGCCAAGGAGGUGCUUUCCUGUGACCGGUGCUUCAGCAACGUCACGGAGGUGAUUGAGUGGCUGGUUGCUGCGGUUACUGGACUUGGAUUUUCCCAGCCCCGAAAGCAGCAGCUGAAAGCACCAUGUCCCUCAUCAGAAGCUGACGGUAGCAUCUCCUCACGUGGGCCAGACUCCGCACAGAAUGACAGUGAAACUGGGCAGGCAGAGGCCGUCCUACCAGCUUUCCUUUCCCAAAAGGUGGUGCUGCUUCUCCAGAGGAUGCUGUCCAUAGCCGUAGAGGUGGACAGGUCUCCCAAUUGUAGCACCAAUAAGAUUGCCAAUGUGAUAUUUCUAUACUUGGUGAACAUUCCUCUGAGGAGCCAAAGGGAGGCCUUCUUAAACAGCAUGGAGAGCCAACUCCUGCGCUGCAAAGUGCUGGAGCUCCUGUUCCACCACAGCUGUGCCAUACCAGCCUCCUUGCCCUUGUCUCUGAGCAAGAUCCUGCAUUUCCUGAGCUGCCAUUCUCUGCUGCUGCAGUAUCAGGACCACGAAGUAACGUGGCAAAGAUGGGAUGAGAUGCUUCAGGACUUGAUUUUACUGUUGAUAAGUUACCGCAACGUUGUGCUGGGACACUUAAGAAGUUCACUCAGUGAGCGGAUGGAUUUAAUCAUUUCAAAUGCCAAACCCCAGCUACAGGAUAAUGACAGUAUCACCACAGUGGACAUUGAGCUGCAUGUCAAGGACUUCAGCAGCUGGCUGCUGCAGAUCCUGGGGAAGCCCCUUCCCCCGCAGAUCAAAGACAAGGUGUGUGUGCUUCAAGCACUGCUGCUCACCGCUGCUGCCACCACCUGACAGGAAAAGGAUGCUCGCAAGGGAGCUGUGGACCUGGCUUUCAGUGCCAGGCAGCAGCCUGGUCAAACAUCAGUUGCCCCACUAUUCAGUUCUGGUCAUAUAGUUUGUGGACCGAGGAGUCUCCUACCCUCCUCUGAAAUCUGCUUCUCCUUGUGCAAUCUGUGUAUAGAGUUUUUUCAAUUAAAUUAUUUUCCUGCUUGA